UUAUCUCACAGCCCCAAUCUAAAAGGCCGAAACCUUCAAAAUUUCCCACUUUCCCACACUUUCUCUCAGAUUAUUGGGUUCCUUAUUAUCCUCUUUCAGAAAAUAGAACAAAUAAAAAUAUUUUGAGAGGGUUUACAAGGUGCAAUCUUUUACUUCCGUGAAUACAAUUCCCACAGUGAUAUUUUCGACAAGGGUUUUCCUUCCUGCCACUGGGCAUGGACGCUCAAAGUCAGGCGGCUUUUAGUGGACAGAAAAAGAUGCUUCCUCCACCUCCUGGAAUAUUUCAAGAUCGUGAGGAGCUCAUUGAACAUGUGCGGGACUUUGGGGCUAGCCAAGGAUAUGUAGUGACUAUUAAGAAGUCAAGGAAAGACAGAAGAGUCAUCCUUGGAUGUGACAGAGGAGGCAUUUAUCGCAAUAGGCGUAAGAUUGAUGAAAGUAAACGCAAAAGGAAAGCAUGCUCAAGACUUAUAAACUGUCCUUUUGAGGCUAUAGGAAAAAAGGAAGAUGAUUCCUGGGUUCUCACCAUUAAAAAUGGGGAGCAUAACCAUGAGCCUUUAAAAGAUAUGUCAGAGCAUCCUUAUAGUCGUCGUUUUACCGAGGAAGAAAUUAGGCAAAUCAAAUUAAUGACUGAAGCUGGUAUAAAACCACGCCAAGUGCUCAAGGCUCUGAAACAAACUAAUCCAGAGUUGCAGUCAACUCCAAGGCAUUUGUACAACCUUAAAGCCAAGAUUCGUCAAGGAAAUUUAUCAGAGAAAAAUUUUAAAUCAUGGAGGCCUAACAGAUCUGUUCCUGUAAACUCUAAUAGCAGUUCCACUGGAGAGUUGUUAAAGCAAAACAACCAACUGGUAAAAGUUCCUAAUUUUAUUGGAGGGAAAUUUGUGGAUUCACUAGGGUCCAUGGUCAUUGACAUAAUAAACCCUGCAACACAAGAGGUUAUUUGUCAAGUUCCUUCAACCACCUAUGAAGAGUUUAAAGAUGCAGUUAAUGCAGCCAAGCAAGCUUUUCCCUCUUGGAAGAAUACACCAGUUACAGCUCGCCAGCGCAUCAUGUUCAAGCUCCAGGAGCUCAUCCAUAGAAAUAUUGAUAAGCUCGCAAUGAAUAUUACAACGGAACAGGGCAGGACAUUAAAGAGUGCCCAUGGUGAUGUGCUGCGUGGUUUAGAGAUUGUUGAACAUGCUUGUGGAGUGGCAACUCUGCAAAUGGGAGAAUUUGUGCCAAAUGCUUCUAAUGGUAUUGAUACAUUCUGCAUUAGAGAACCACUUGGCGUUUGUGCUGGGAUAUGUCCUUCUAACUUUCCUGCAAUGAUCCCUUUGUGGAUGUUUCCUAUUGCAGUUACUUGUGGGAAUACAUUUGUUCUUAAGCCAUGUGAGAAAAAUCCAGGGGCUUCAACAAUCCUGGCAGCAUUAGUAAAGGAGGCUGGUUUACCUGAUGGUGUCCUAAAUAUUGUUCAUGGAACCGAUGAUAUUGUCAAUUAUAUCUGUGAUGAUGAGGAUAUAAAAGCUAUAUCAGUUGUUGGUUCUAACACGGCUGGCAUACAUAUAUAUGCUAGGGCUGCUGCUGGAGGGAAACGUAUUCAGUCCACUAUAGGUGGUAAGAAUCAUGCGAUUAUAAUGUCUGAUGCAAGCAUAGAUGCUACUUUGAAUGCUCUAGUUGCUGAGGGAUUUGGAGCUGCCGGGCAGGGAUGCAUGGGUCUAAGUACAGCUGUUUUUGUUGGAGGUUCAAUGCCAUGGGACGAAGAACUUAAGCUGCGUGCCAAAGCACUUAAAGUGAAUGUAGGAUCAGAUCCUGGCGCAGAUGUUGGUCCAGUGAUUAGUAAAGAGGUAAAGGAUAAGAUAAACAGAUUAGUUCAAUGCAGUGUUGAUGCUGGUGCUAGGCUGCUUCUUGAUGGGAGAAAUAUUGUGGUUCCUGGAUAUGAGAAUGGGAAUUUUAUUGGUCCUACUAUAAUAUGUGAUGUUGCAUCCAAUAUGGAGUGCUACAAGGAAGAAAUUUUUGGACCAGUUCUCCUUUGUAUGCAGGCCAACAGCCUAGAAGAGGCCAUAACCAUUGUAAACAGAAACAAGUCUAUGAAUGGAGCCUCUAUAUUCACAUCAUCUGGCUAUGCUGCAAGGAAGUUUCAGAAUGAAAUCUUGUCUGGGCUGGUUGGGAUCAAUGUUCCUGUUCCUAUUCCAAUGCCUUUUUCCUCUUUUAAUGGACCAAAAGCAUUUUUGGCCGGAGAUAAUAAUUUUGUUGGAAAGUCAGGUGUGCAUUUUUACACCCAGAUCAGAAUGGUGGCACAGCAGUGGAGGGAUUUACCGAGUGUAGGAGUGUCCUCAGGUUUGCAUCUAUCGUCUGAGACAGAUAUGACAAGCCGGGGAGUUUCUUCUGGAUUGCAUCCAUCAUCAGAGAGAGAUUCACUCUACCAUAGAGUUUCGCCUGCUGUGUCUCAAGAAUCGGAGGGUAACUCACCAAAUCACACAAUGUUGCUUUCAACUUCAGAGAGGGAUCUAUCGAACCCAACAAUCACAUCUCCGCCUCCAACUGCUGAUGGUGAGUUGCCAAAUCAUGGAGCAUCUCUUGUUCUACCUCCAACAUCUGAGAUGGAUAUGGAAAACCAAGACAUGUCCCGAACUAUGUCACAAGGAAGAAAGAGAGACAUAUCAAGCCAAGGAGUGUCAUCAAUAACACCCUAUCAAUCUGAAAGAGUUUAUACACAGCAAUCACAAUGGAAAGAAUCUUCGGCACCCUCCGAGAGGAUUUAUAUACCCAUAACGUCUCAUAGGAAUAACAAUGCAGCUCCAACUGUUCAGAGGUCAGACACUGCAAUAGGUUUAACUCAAGAGCGAGCAUAUAUGCCAACAUCUCAUAAAAAUGACGGCCUGGUUCCUGUUUCAAACAGGAACAGAAGCAUUUCUCCAGCUUCCGACCAGAUCUACAUGAUGGCAACUACUCACUUGAAUGACACCAUGGGUCAAAGGAUUCAGAGAACUGAUGCACCUAUAUUCCCAACUUCUGAGCGCAUAUAUGUACCUGCAACCCCUCACAGGUCCGACCACAUGGGUUCGACCUCUCAAAGGAAUGAUGUUGCAUUACGACCAGGCUCCGAGAGUUUAUACAUGCCAGCAACAUCUCGAAGGAAUGAUAACAUUGCUUCAGCUUCUCACCAGGCCGAUUCAAUGCCUCAAAAUUCUGAGAGCAUGUAUAUGGCUCCAAUCGUUCAAAGGAUGUAUGCUCAAAAUACAAUAAUAUCUAUGGAUGAUUAUCCUAAUCAAGGACCAACUAUGACUUUGCCAACCUCACAUAGGAUAUAGGAUUUAUCUUUGUUUCAGUUUAGGCAACUUUGCAAACAAAUCAAUGUAAUAACUAAAGUUUGUGAGAUGUUGCAUGCAUCACAUGGAUGGUGCAUGAUUUUAUUUCAUACUUAAAAUGAGUUUCAAUACAAAUUAGUAUUUUCCCCCA